ACACGUUUAGUUCAACAAUCACUUCUUAUUUGCACCCGAUAACGUUUUAAAUAACAAGUGUCUUACAUGCGUCUUUCGAGCGCAGUGUAAAGUCUUUGUUGUCCAUCCAAAAGUGCUAGCUAAACUCCGUGAAAGUUAUUAACGCUUCCUGCUGCAAGUGUAACAUAACUGAAAAUGCUGCUAAUGUUAUGAUUACGCUGUUUACACUUACACUGUCGCUUUACUUUGCAUUUUCUCUCACAAAGACACCAAUGUAUGUCAGUGUAGCAUUAUUGUAGCGUGUAGAAACGAAGAGGUUUGCGUCAAUGGCCAAACAUGCGGUGUUUUCAUCAGGGACACGUUUGUGGAAAUCUGUGGACUGUGUGAAGUCACAGCUGCGUCUCGAGCUCACUCUCGCCUGUGGACAGUCUUUUCGAUGGAGAGAAACGUCAGAGGGCCACUGGACUGGAGUGAUAGGGGGACGAGUGUGGACCCUGACCCAGACCGAUGACACCCUGUGGUACCAUGUUUAUAAAAACAAAGUAGAACAGACUAAGGGAUGUGACAGGAAGAGGCGAGCUGGUACAUCGUCCCUGGAGGAAAAUAAGUCAGAAAAGAAAUUCAAAGGGCGAGUGAAGGAGGAAGAGGAUGAGCAAGUGGCUGUGACUCCGGUGAAGGAGGAAGAACAGAUGCUGAGAGAUUACUUCCAGCUGAACGUGAAUCUAGAGGAGCUGCACACUCACUGGGGAAAAGCAGACCCUCACUUGAAGCAAAUUGCAGAUAUCUUCACAGGUGUGCGAAUGCUGCGCCAGGACCCCACUGAAUGCCUGUUUUCCUUCAUUUGCACCUCUAACAACCACAUCUCCCGUAUCCAGGGCAUGGUGGAAAGACUGUGCCAGGCUCUGGGCAGCCCACUAUGCCAGGUGGACCAAACCACUUACUAUGAUUUUCCUUCCCUGACUGCACUUGCAGACAGCAGUGUAGAGGCACGUCUCAGGGAUCUUGGUUUUGGAUACAGGGCUCGGUUCCUGCAGCAGAGUGCGAAGCAGAUUCUGGAAACUCAUGGGCCCCAGUGGCUCAAAGGUCUGCGCAGUGUCCCGUACCCGCAGGCCCGCCAUGCCCUGCGUACUCUCCCCGGUGUAGGCACUAAGGUGGCAGACUGUGUAUGUCUGAUGUCACUGGACAAGGCCGAGGCCGUGCCUGUCGACACUCACGUGUGGCAGAUUGCUAAGCGCGACUACAAAUUUGCUUCUGGCAGCACACAGAAGACCAUCACUGACAAACUUCAUAGAGAUAUCGGGGAGUUUUUCAGAAAUCUGUGGGGUCCCUAUGCAGGUUGGGCACAGUCUGUGUUGUUCUGUGCUGACCUGAAAAAGUUCCAAAAGAUGAAAGAAACUUUAUGUCUGGUGCAGCCAAAGAAAGAGGAAGAGGAUGAAGAAGAAGAAGUGAGGACAACGUGCAAGAAGACUAAGAUGAAGACGGAGGGCAAAGAGACAGUGAAGCAUGGGAAAACUAAGUCAGCAUGUUGUAAGAAAGCAACAAAGUGUGUCAAGAAUGAAAGGGUGCUAUGAUGUAAACAAGCUGACCGUUGUCUUUUAACAUGGCAAAAUCACCAUGGCUGCAGACAUGCAUUUUCAGAGUUUCAUUUUAAAAUUGUCAAGGUUUAUGGAAAUGUAGGAAUCAGGUGAGACAUGACUGGAAAAAAACAUGAAAUCAGUUUUUUUUUCUUAUUCACAGAUCGGGAGAGUGGUGUGUAACCACAAUAAACCCUUCUUUCUGUA